AUGCUACCCUUUGACUUUAACCUGUGGAGAGGCACUGAGUCCCCUGAAAAGCAGGAAAAUAAAGCACUCAGUCUCCCUGCUUCCUCUGUGUCAUGGCCCAGUGGCAACAGCAGCGCUGGACACAAACCAGAGCGGCUCUUCCUGAAGGUCAAUGAACGACAGAAACUUGCACAAGAGCGAAGGAAAGAAUGGGAGGAACACCUUGCCGAGCGGGAGGCGGUGCGGCUGCAGCGGGAGGAGAGGGCGCGGCAGCACCGUGAGAAGCAGCUGGCAGAGAGACGGAGGAAGCUCACCGAGCAGAGGCUGAGAACGGAGAGGAGGCACGCUGCCGUGGAGGAGAAGCGCAGGAAAAAACUAGAGGAAGAGACGGAGCGACACAAAGCGGUGGUACAGCGGACCCUGGAGAGAAGCCAGCAGGGAGCCAAUCAUAGGGCCAGCCGCUGCUCAUGGAGCGGCAGGAUGUUUGGCCACAGCACCGCCAGCGAAUCAUGCCACUCUGUGACUGCCACAUCUCUAAAGUCACUGCAGAGAGUUGCCAUCUCCAGGCUGGACAAUGCCCUGCACAGGAAGACAACCCACAAGACAGACCAACAGGACAAUGAAAAGAAAAUACGUACCAGGAGAAGCAAUGCCAUGACCACCAUGAGAAGAGCCACAGCACCCCCCACUGAAAGGAAAUUGCACAACCCUGCCCCAAAGCUCCACCUACCCCACCAGGCAGCAUCCAUCCCGGCCUCCAAGCCGAUCCAUUACUCCUCCGUCAUGAAUGGGCAGAGGGAGAAGAUACCGCCAGCAAGUCACAGCGAGGGGCAGGAGAAGGCCAUGGUGGUCAGGCCAACUCCAGAACCCAUAGCACCUUCUAUAGAACCAACCACCAUAGUCCAGCUCUCAGGAGGUCCUACCCAAGCCGUGCCCUCUACAGCGCCCCCUCCUGCCAGCCUCUGUCCCAGCAGGCCCCGGGUCGAUAUCACUGACCCCAAGUAUGCCGCUCGUCUGCUGGCAGAGAGGAGGCGCCAGGCGCGGGAGCAGAAAGAAAAGGAGGAGGAGGAGCGCCGCCACAGAGAGGAGACGGAGCGGAAUGCAAGGGAGGAGACAGCACAAAGGUUGGCAGUCAAGCGAGCACGGCAAGAGGAAGAGGCCCAGCAUUUGGCAGAAGAGCAGAGGAAGAGAGAAGAGGAGGAGAAGCAUGCUGAGGAAGAAAGAAAGCAGAAGGAGAGAGAAGAGGCAGAAAGGCUCCAGAAGCAGAGGGAAGAAGAGGAAGCAAAUCAGAGGCAGGAGGCAGAACAGUUGAGGCUAGAGAGAGAGAGACACUUCCAGAAAGAGGAGGCAGAACGAACUGAGAGGAAAAAGCGUCUGGAGGAGAUCAUGAAGCGAACUCGCAAAGCCGAUUCUGUGGAGAAGAAACCCAUCCCCAAUAGUGAAGAGUGUCUUCAGCAGAAGCCAGAAUUGGACACAGAGUCAAAAAGGUCCUCUGUGAUAGUUACCUGGGCCCAGCCACAUGAGGUUCAGGGCCCCAUGUGCAAUGGGAAGCACAGCCUUUCCUCGACACUGCCCCCUGCUGGGGAAAGGUUCUCAGUGGCAGACUGGCAGCCAGUGCAAAACAGGAUUUCUGUGCAUUACAUUACUAACCUGCCCAAGCUGGACAUGAGCGGAAAGGAGGUUGUGAUUCCAGUGACGGCCUACAGGAGGCAGCCUGCUGUCGAGGCCACGGCCCAGCACGGGUGACAUCACUCCACCCUGCAGCCAGCAAGGGUCGUGAUUGUCAGUAGACAUCACUGGUGAUUGACAGUUUUAUAGCAAAAUGCUUUUUUGUUUUUGACUUCUGGUUUUAAUUAGCCUACAUUUAAACCCAACAUGGGAACCUCCCAUCAGAGGCAUAGCAGAACAAAAAUUGAUCACAACAAAGCCAAAACAUCAGUUCCCCCUCCGAAGGCGCUUAAAAGAUGUAAUUAUUGUUCUGUAAAUGUGGCAACGUUGUGUCACAAAUUUCAAAAUGUUUAACAUGCGGCAGUGCAGCCUUGAUAAUUUAAACAUUUUUUGAACACUCAAAGUAUGGUCUGUGCAUUUACUUACUCGAAAGUUAAGGAUUGAAAAUGGAUACAGAGUUAAAGCAGAAAUAUUAUCAGCCAUUUGCCUUACAGAAUGUAGUAUCAUUAGAAAUUAAUUGCAGUGUAUAUUGGGGAUUGUUGAAUGAAACCUGUAUGUCUGACAAUAAAAAUAUCAAUCUAUUCAUUUAAUGCUCUCCAUAAUGUUUGAGAAAAAGAUAUAUUUUCUUGAUUUCACUCUACAAUUUUAGAUUUAUAAUUAAACGUUACACAAGUGGUUAAAGGGCGGAUUCACAGCUUUCAUUAAAGGGUAAAUUUUACAUUUUGGUUUCACCAUGGAGAAAUUACAACACUUUUUAUACAUAGCGCCUCCCCCCCACCUAUGAUGAGGUGCCAUCCAAACUCAUUGGAUGGCACUCAUCAUAGAGCAAGACAAUGAUCCCAAACAUACUGCAAACGCAACAAAGGAGUUUUUCAAAGCCAAAACUGGAAAAUCCUUGACAAGCCAAGUCACCUGAUCUGAAUCCAAUUUAACAUGGACUUUAUAAAUGCUGCAGCAAAAACUUAAGGCAACUAACUCCCGAAACAAGCAGGAGCUGAAGGUGGCUGCAGUACAGGUCUGGCAGAGCAUCAACAAAGAAGAUACUCAGCAUCUGGUGAUGCCUAUUGGUCACAGACUUCAUGCAGUCAUCGCACGCAAAGGAUAUGCAAUAGUGCUAAAUGUGACUAUGUUGUCAGGGAAGUGAGGGUUAAUUAAAUAUAAGCUUAUUUUCUGAAUCCAGUGGUUCCAACCAUCAAUGCUCUUGUUAAAAGUUUCAGCACUCUAAAUACUGAACAGAAGCAGUACUGCAUACUAAAACCUCUCACUUAACUUACAUAUACAAUAUAUUACAUGAUUUAAUAACAGAGUCAAAUCAAGAAAAAAGUAUCUUUGUACCAAACAUUACAGAAGGCACUGUAUACUUCAUCAGAGAAAUAACUAAUGACCCUGUAAUCAGUAACCUGAAAUUCACAUAUAGCUGACAUAUCUGAAUGAAGC